AUGACCGACGCCAUCCCGCACACGCUGCCCAAGCCCGACGUGGUUCCCGAGCUCGAUGUAGCGGCUCUGGAAGAUGCUCCCACAGCCGAGGCGCUCGCUGCACUCGCCCAUGCCUGCCACACCGUUGGCUUUCUCCGUGUCGUCAACCACGGCGUGCCCGUUGAGGUUGUCGAUGACGUCCUGGCAGCGGCAAGUGAGGUUUUUUCACUCGACCAGGCCGAGAAGGAGGCGGUGCACAUCAACGGGUCGCUGUCAUUUCGUGGUUACGCGCGCGUGGGUGAGGAGAUCACUCUCGGCGUGCCCGACUUUAAGGAAACCUUUGAUGUUGGUCUCGAGCACCCGCCCGUGGGCCAGGAUGCGGUGGCUGCUGCCGCCGCUACAGGCGCCUGGGCCGGCCUUCUUGCCGGCGCCAACCAGUGGCCGGCCGCCGCGCCGAUGCUGGCGCCACGCAUCUACGCAUACAUGGACGCCAUGCGCGAGCUCGGCCUGCGAAUCAUGACCAUUCUUGCGGCUGCGCUCGAUCUCCCGCUCGACACCUUUACCUCGGUCUACACUCGGCGGCCGGCUGGGCGGCCCGAUGCGGCCGGCUUUGCCCUCCUCCGCCUGCUGCGGUAUCCGCCGCAGGCCGGAGCGCCGCGCAUCGGCGUAGGCGAGCACUCAGACUUUGGCAUGCUCACGCUUCUUGCCACGGACGAUAUCGGCGGCUUGCAGGUCGAGAUCGAGCCCGGCGUGUGGCGCGACGUGCCGCCGCGGUCAGGCACUUUUGUGCUCAACUUUGGCGAUCUGCUCGAGGUGUGGACCAACGGAUACAUCCGCGCCACUAAUCACCGAGUCAUCUCACCGUCGUCGACCAUGCCGCGCUUCUCGGUUCCGUUCUUUGUCGAGCCGGACCUGGACGCCACGUUUACCCCGCUCGAUUCGUCGCGCUUUGCCUACGCUCCAGGCCGCCGCCCUCUCGACGCCGAGGCCGCCGACGCUGCCAUCUUCCAGAAGUACGAGGGUCGCUUUGAAGACGCAUUGCACUACGGCGAUCACAUCUUUGCCGCCUGCGUCCGCUCCUUCCCCACCAAUCCCGUUUCCAUCGCGUGGCUUGCCGCCCAACGCGAGCCGUAG